GAACAAGAUGUAUUUCGGGGAUUGCUCCAUGUGUUCGGCCUUGGUUGGGUCGAGAAGUCACUCCCAUAAAAAAUGUACAAGGUGAGAAUUUUCUUGGUGAGAUGGAUAAAUUGUGUACUCGCCGGUGCGUGGCAUCAUUCGAUUAGCUUGCUAUUCAAGAAAGAUAUGAAGCACCAAAUAAGACCACUUAAUUGAUUUGGCGUGGCAUUGGAACUACUUCACGCACGUUUUGUUCGUCACUAUAGUUGCAAGCUUUCAACUCUAGCCCGUUGUUGCAGUUAAGUCACGUUCUAAAGGCCAAUGACGUUGUUUAUAAACAUGCUUUAAUUCAAUCAGCGGCACUCGUUCUGAUGAUUACAACAUCGGGGAUAAAGAACGACACUUUCGUUUGGUCCGUCAACAUUGAAGUCGGCCUGCUGAUAUUUUCUUCCCAAGAUAUAACAAAGUAUUAGGUUUUGAUGUAAACUCGAAUAAUGAUGAUGUCGAUAAAGCAACUUCAUUUCGAAAAUUUCAUCCAACGUUUGAUUGUGAUGAUGAUGAUGAUGACGCAGGCGUUUUGUGAGCAACAACCUUGUUCGAAUCGUCUUCAUCAAUUCUUUGGCUCAGAAAAUAGAAUCCUCGAAAACUUUGUGUACCGGACGAAAUCCACAUUCUCAUAUAUUAAUUGUGGAAGAGACUGCAUCCUGGAUCCGAACUGCAAGUCUUUCAACUUCCUCCCAUGCCCGAACGUAUGCGAGUUGAACAACGACACAAGAGCUAAACAUUUUGAAGACUUUCUUGAAACUCAAGGGAGUGUCUACUUUGACUCGGAUGAAGAAACACCCCUCUUUUCUGUGAAGCCUUCUUUUGGUUGCUACAGGAGUUGCAAGGAGCUUUUGGAUGCAGGUUUCAAUCUCAGUGGUAUUUAUACACUCUACCGAGAUGGUCUUAGUACCGAUGUCUACUGCGACAUGGAAAUUGAUGGUGGAGGAUGGAUCGUGUUUCAGAAACGGCAAGAUGGUAGUGAACACUUCUACCGAAAUUGGACCGCGUAUAAAACUGGCUUUGGAGACCUAUCGGGAGAAUUCUGGCUCGGAAAUGACAACUUGUUGAAGUUGACCUCUGAUGACCCCAAACAAAUAUGGGAGCUACGAGUUGAUAUAGCUGACUGGGAUAACCUGGUAGCAUUUGCAAAGUACAACAGCUUUAAGGUUUCUGGUGAGAAGUACAUUCUUUAUGUUGGGGAUUUUUGUAUCAACAGUUCUGCUGCCGACUCGCUUACCUAUCACCACGGUAGACCUUUCACCACAUUUGACAGUGACAAUGACAGGUUAGUUGAAGACAACUGUGCAAGGAAGUACGUAGGAGCAUGGUGGUUUAACAACUGUGUGCUAUCACACUUGAACGGAGUCUACUACCAAACUGGUGAAGUUGAAAAUCAUCAAGGUGUUCUUUGGAGUGUGGAGAAUUAUUGGAAACAGAACACAUCUCAGAAGAAUUGCAGCAUGAAAAUACGUGAAACUCAGACAUGAUUGUUUCAUUACUGCAGCAUGCUUUGGUAAGACUGCGAUUCUUACUGAUGAAGACCAAAUAAAUGAAACUUUGGACUAAAGUAUUGACUGUACAUGUCUACAUAGUGUACACCUAGUCUUCACCUCAUCAGCUUUUACAUUCAGAAGUGAACUUUGCCGAGUACCAGUGUAGAUGUAGAUGUACAAAUGACUUGAACUGGAACCUUAGGAAAACAGAAAUUUGAGACGUUUCAUUUGUUCUUGUUUGUGCUAGAUGUGAGAAUUGUUAUAGACUACUCAUUUUGUUCUUUUAGUUGACAGUCUCUUUCAAUGUUAUAAUCUAAAAGUAUUAAGGGAGUAAUUAUUUAAGAUAUUAUUCAUAAUUAUGUUACCUUUGAUCAGUUUUUCGAUAACUAUUAACAUCUGCCAAGACAAGCCCAUAUUUCUGGGCCCAAUUUCAUUGAGCUGCAAAGUAGAUUAGCAUAAC